AUGGGUUGGUUUUGGGCAGACUCUCCACAGACUUCCGUCUCGAUCCCACAUGCGUCUUCAAAUGCAUCACCUCCGCCGGGAUGUCCGAUGCAUGAAUCAGGCUCAAAACCCUCGCCCUUGCCAGCACCUGCUGCUGAACUCCCCAGCAGUUGCCCCAUGAAAUCGAAAGAUUCUCCAUUCUACUCAGCCCCAAAAUCAACACCGGUGCAAACACCGCAGCCACCUGCCAACGCCGCGCAGCCUUCGACCCUGUCAAAGCUUAAUCCUUUGAACUAUAUGUUCUCGUCUAUUUCCCAAGAGCGCGCCGCCAAUCAAACCGUUGAUCUUCCCGUUGAACGCGAAGGUUCUUCAAUCCCAAGAGGGGACGGCGAAGGCAACUGGGAGUAUCCGUCUCCACAACAGAUGUACAACGCCAUGUUGCGCAAAGGACACACAGACACACCCCAGGAUGCGGUGGAGUCGAUGGUUGCAGUGCACAACUUCCUGAAUGAAGGUGCCUGGGAUGAAAUCGUGGGAUGGGAGCGCGUAUUUGCCAAGGGUCUCAAGUCUGGAUGGCAACACUGCCGGCGCGGCGAGGAGAAUCUGAGCAUGGACUUAACUUAUGCAGACGAGAAUGGUAAAUUCGAUUUGACCUCCGAACCUCGCCUACUCCGAUUCCAGGGUCGGCCGCAAGAGUGGUCACCUAAGGCACAGAUAUACCAGGCACUGAGCUGGGCCUACCCAAGCAAGUUUGAGACCAGCCCUCCGUUCGACCGCCACGAUUGGUAUAUCAUCCGCCAGACACCUUCGGGUCCGAAGGAAAUUCGAUAUGUCAUCGAUUACUACUCUGGGGAUCCAGAUCCCCACGGGCUGCCAGUCUUCCACCUUGAUAUCCGCCCUGCGUUGGAUACACCGACGGCUGCUGUUGAGCGCUUAAUGAGAUGGGGAGGUGAUGUCUGGUGGAGGGCUAGCGGUGCAACUGUUCGUGAACAGGCUUCGCGCUAA